AUGUCGUCUAGUGCUCGUUCAUUCUUUCGUAGUAAUCAUAUUCGUAAUAAAAAAAAAGUGGAUAUAAAACAGCAACAACAACAAAAUGUACACGAAACGAUAUCACAACAAACAAUGAAUGAAUGGAUAACAAAUAUAAAUUCUCAGCAAAUAUCGAUGAACAUAAGUUGUUGUGGUGGUGAUGAAAAGAAAAAUGCUAUUAAAAAACAAAUACAAGCUCCCCGUCUAACACAAGAAACAGUUGAAAAUAUUAAAACACUUAGCGAUCCAAUGGAACCUAGUGAUCAUAAAAUUCAUAUUAUACAACAACAACAAGCGGUUAAAACUGAAAUUGAUGAUGAUUUAAAAGAUCUAUUUGGUAAAAAAGAAAUAACAGAAGCAAUUAUAAAUCAAUUAGCUCAACGUGCAUUAACUGGACCAAUGAAUUCUAAUAAUGACAAUUCACCACGUCUUUGUACAAAGAAACAUUGUUCCUUUGCUAAUGAACCAUUAACAAUUAAACCUGUAACAUGUAUACCUGGUAUCGGUCCCAAACAUGGAUAUUUAUGUGAAAAACAAGGGAUUAUUAUGGCACAUCAAUUACUAUCAAGAUAUAUGAUGAGUACGAAUGAUAAAGAAUUUGAGAAAUCUCUUAUUAAUCAACUUGGUUUUACAUCAAAAUCAGCUUCAAUGACACGUGAUGGACUUAAAGAAAUGAGACGACAUUUAAUUUAA